AUGGCGACAAAAUUGCAGUUCAAGACGACCUUUGAGGCCGAGCAGGUCAUCAGGCCCAUAUACACGGGCGGGUCGGUAGCGCUGGACAAUGGGUCUCGCAUCCUGGCGACGACGCUGGGCGAGGAUGCCGUCCUGACGGAUCUAGCCACAGGCAAGCUAUUUGCCAAGAUUGAAGGGGACGGCGAGCCGAUCUCGACGCUGAUAUUGACCCCGUCGGCCUCGCACCUGAUUGUGUGCUCGCGGUCGUUGACGAUGCGGAUAUACCGGCUGCAGGUGUCGUUGGGAGAGUCGGUGGUGGAGCCGACGCUGGUGCGCACGGUGAAGCCGCAUGCGACGCCAGCGGUGGUGCUGGCGGUCGACCGGACGAGCACGCUGCUGGCCACGGGGGCGGCUGACGGCAACAUCAAGGUGUGGGACAUCCGCGGCGGCUUUGUGACGCACACGUUCCGCGGGCCGAGCGUGCUGGUAUCGGCGCUGCACUUUUUCGAGGUGGCCGCAGCCGAAGCAGCAGCAGCAGCAGCGGGAUCCAAGAAGAAGAAGAACAAGGGUAGUCUGAGCCAGGCGGAGGUGGCCACGGUGGCUGCUGGUGCCGAGGGCAAGGAGGCCGCGGCCGACACGACGACACGGUUCCGUCUCGCGGCCGGCAGCCAGGGCGGCAAGGUGCGCGUGUGGGACCUGCAUCGACGGGUCGUUGUGGCCAAUCUGGACGGUCACGUGUCGGACGUGCAGGCGGUGGCGUAUUCGGCCGUGCACCAGACGCUGCUGACGGCGGGCCGCGACAAGACGAUGAUCUGGUGGGACGCGCAGACGUGGACGUCGCGGCGGGUGGUGCCGACCUUUGAGAUGAUCGAGGCAGCCGGCUUUCUGCGCGGCGACAGCGACGACGACAAGGACGGUAGCAGCACGGACGUGCUGGCCUAUACGGCCGGAGCCAACGGCUGCGUGCGGCUGUGGGAGACGCGGACCGGACGCGAGGUCACGGCCGAGCAGCCGACACGCUCUGACGAGGAGGCCGUCGUGGCCGCGCUGUAUCGGCCGCAGCAGGCCGCGCUGCUUUGCGUGCAGCUGGACCAGACGCUGGUGCUGUACCCGAUGCCGAUGGGCGAUUUGCUUAGUAAGCUGAAAAGCAGCGGUGCCGAUGGGUUGCUGCCGCCGCUGGAGACAUCGCGACGCAUCUCGGGCACGCACGACGACAUUAUCGACCUGGCAUUUCUGCUGCCGGACCGGUCGCUGAUGGCUCUGGCGACCAACUCGGAGGACCUACGGAUCGUGUCUGUCGGGGAUGCGUCAUCGUCGUCGUCGUCGUACUUUGGCCAGGACGUGGCCCAGCUCAAGGGCCACAGCGACAUGGUGAUCACGCUGGACGUCGACUGGUCGGGCCACUGGGUGGCGACAGGGUCCAAGGACAACAACGCGCGUCUGUGGCGGGUGGACGGGCCAUCGGGGACGUCGACGUGCCACGCCGUGUUUGCUGGCCACGCCGAGUCGGUCGGCGCUGUGGGCCUGCCGAAGACGGCACCGGCGGCUGACUCAGCAGAAUAUACAGACCCGCUAUCCCACCCGCCGGCCUUUUUGGUGACGGGGUCGCAGGACCUGACGAUCAAGCGGUGGGAGGUGCCGCGCACGGCGUCAGCGUCUUCGCAGCAGCGCGCCGUGUUCACGCGCAAGGCCCACGACAAGGACAUCAACGCCGUCGACGUGGACGCGCACGGACAGCUGUUUGCGUCGUCGUCGCAGGACCGCACUGCCAAGAUCUGGUCGGUGCGCGAGGGCGAGGUACAGGGCAUCCUGCGGGGACACCGGCGCGGCGUCUGGUCAGUGCGCUUUGCCCCGGCACACACACCGCCCGUCACGGGCGAGGACGGCACCGCCGUCGGCGGUGCCGGCAGCAGUCUGCGCAGCCGUUUGGUGCUGACCGGCAGCGCUGACAAGACUGUCAAGAUCUGGAGCCUGGCCGACUACAGCUGCAUCCGCACCUUUGAGGGGCACACCAACAGCAUCCUCAAGGUCGUCUGGCUGGGCGCCAGUCGUGACAGCGAGCCCGAACAGGAAGACGGCACCCCCAACGGCCCCGUCCUCUUUGCCAGCGCUGGCUCCGAUGGCCUCGUCAAGGUCUGGGACGCGUCUGCCGGCGAGGCCGCCUGCACGCUCGACAACCACGAGGACCGCGUCUGGGCCCUGGCCGUCCACACCACCGCCGCCGGCCGCAUGCUCGUCUCCGGUGGCGGCGAUGCCACCAUCACCUUUUGGCGCGACACCACUGCUGUCACCGCGCAGGCUGCUGUCGAGGCCGUGCGCGAACGCGUCGAGCACGAGCAGCUGCUCGCCAACUACAUGCGCCACGGCGCCCUGCGCGAGGCCGUCACCCUGGCCCUGCAGCUCAAUCAGCCCGGACGCCUGCUGGCCGUGCUGUCCGAAGCUAUGGUCGCUGCCAAGACGACCACUGACGAGGAUGCUGACAAAGACGGUCACGUGACUAGAUCCGGCGACGACUCCAAAAAUAUCGCUGCUGUCCUCGCAUCCCUCGACGACGACCAACUCUAUACGCUGCUGCUGCGCGUUCGCGACUGGAACACAAAUGGACGCUCUGCCGCCGUUGCCCAGUUCGUUCUCGCCACCCUCGUUCACGCCUAUCCGGCCGCCACACUCGCCGGCCUCGCCCGCCGCAGACCCGCAGACCCGACCGCCGAAUCCGCCCCCAAAGGCCCUCGGAACAUCAAGGACGUCCUCGAUGCCCUCCUUGCCUACACUCAACGUCAUUACCGCCGCACCGCCGAGCUGCUCGAUGAGAGCUACCUUGUCGACUACACCCUGCGCGAGAUGGACGCCCUGCAGGCUCUGCCGCCGCCGGAUGUGUCUGCCGAUUUGGCCGUCGAUGUUGCCAUGACCGAUUAG